AUGGGGACCCCCGCUAAGUGCAGGCCUCCAUACUGCACGAUAAGGCCUAGACGCGAAACACCCCCACUACAACAACAACAAACCUACAAACCCCCCCCCCCCCCCACCCCCAGAAGACUACUCUCGCUCACAGUUUGGCAGAAGAAGAAGAAGGAGACAAGCCCACCGCUCGCUCCGAGGUUCGACCAGGCAACGAGGAUGGGGGACGCCAUGGCCGAGGAGAGGGGGCACCACUGCGGCUCCAACUCGUCGCUCGCGGAACGCAUGAUGGACUCCAAGUGCCGCGCAGAGAUCGGGAGCAAGUCUCCAGCGCACAGCAGUAGCACCACCACGGACACCCCGGGCACGUCCUCCACGCCCACGUCCUCCAGCGAGGACGGCCACGACAAACUUUUAGGGGUGGACCCCGAUUACUGUCGCCGGAUUCUCGUAAGGGAUGCUAAAGGCACCAUCCGGGAGAUCGUUCUGCCCAAGGUCGACCUGGACCGGCCGAAGCGCACGAGGACCUCCUUCACGGCGGAGCAGCUGUACCGGCUCGAGCUCGAGUUCCAGCGGUGUCAGUACGUGGUGGGGCGCGAAAGAACCGAGCUCGCGAGGCAGCUGAAUCUGUCUGAAACCCAGGUGAAGGUGUGGUUCCAGAACCGCCGCACCAAGCAGAAGAAGGACACCACCAAGGACUCGGACAAGCGGGGCUCCUCCACCUCCGAGUCCCUGGCCACGUGUAAUAUCCUCCGUCUGCUGGAGCAGGGCCGCCUGCUGUCGGGCCCCCACGCCCCCACCUCCAGUAACUCCAUCCUGGGGCACCUGCCGCCGCACUCCACCGGCGGCUCCCUGCUGGGCGGGGGCAUGACCACCACCACCUCGUCGGGCAUGGGCGGAGGCGUGGCCCACCCCACAACCACCCUGUCGGGGGGCGGCGGCUUCGGGCUGUCGCUGGCCUCGCUGGGCGGCAACGGGGCCCCGCCCCGCCUGGGGGUCCCGCCCCCCCACCCGCUGUGCUUCUCCAUGCCGCUGCUGGGGGGGCCGCACCACGAACUGACCUCAGCCUACGGGUGUGGCUCCUCGGCCUUUGAGCCCUACAUGCGCCUGGACAGGAAAGAGGCCGACCUGGGCGGCAAAAAGACGGUGUCCUAAGUGAGAGCCCCCCCCCCCCACCAACCCCAUGACCAACACCACCCACACCACCGCCACCGCCACCACCACCCCUUGUUUUGUUGAUUUUGUAAGGAGUUUUAGAAGAGAAGGGGUGAUGGAGGUAAGGAGCUGCUUGUUUCAUCUCCCCCCCCCCCCUAUAUUACUAAAAUAGUUUGGAGACUUAACAAGGGAGAGAGAGGGUGAGAGAGAGGGGGAGAAAGAGGGUGGGCGGAGCUUAGGGAGUUCGACUGAACAGUGAGAAGAGAAGAAGGAAAAAAAUAAUAGAAAAGCGGAGGGUAGAAGCAGCACUGUUCUAUGUCAUCUCACACUGGCUCAAUCUCUCAACCGCUGUUUCAGUGAUGCUGUGAGGACAGAAUGUGGUCACACACACACACAACACACACACACACACACACACACACACACACACACACACACACACACACACACACACACACACACACACACACACACACACACAAACCCAGACUUACACAAACCUUGCUUGUGAUUUUUUUAAAUAACUAUAUGUACUUUUGUUUUUUGCGUGAUUUUCGGAAGACUGGGAUUUUUGUAUCACUUUUUUCGUGUCUGAUGGUGUUUGUGAGUGUUGUAUUAUUUAUCUAUAUAGACUUUUUGAUUUUCCAUUCAGGUCAAAAAAAAGGAAGGAAAAAAACUCAAACCUGAUUGUUCAGUUUAGACUGAGGCGGUGUGUAGUUGUGUGAUUUGGAGGACCUGGGAUAUCUUGACGAGCACGUUUUUACCCAUUUUCAGAUGUGAUUCAUCGCUAACGACCAUUAUAGUUCUUGAGCCCCCUCCCCCGGGAGGAAAUACUUAGAAAAAAAUACAGAAUCAUAGCAUUCUCAUACCAGACUGUCCAGGUUGUGGAAUAGUGGUUUGAUUAGAAAAAUGCCUUCAUUUGGUUGUUGUUUGUGUAUCGGAAAAUCUGUCGAUGGAUCUCGAUCAAGCAUCCGGUUUUAUAAAACGAAAAACGACUGUGAAAGGAAAGGUUUGUUUUGAGGCGGAUGACUGGGUAGACAAAUUCUUGCCAAAGUAUUCCUGGGUUUUCACGUUGUUCUUCGGCGGUGCUAGGCUUUUCCCUUUUCCCAAAAUGUUCCCCUCCCAUUACCUCAGUAGGAAGGAGACAUCUAUGGACCCCUUUUAUUUUGUACUUCUUCAAUCAUCAAUCUCACCAGCCAUACCGACACUACCUGUCUGCAAUACAACACCCGUCCCUCCCGACGUCUCCAGCACACAAAAAAACGAAAACGAAACGACGCAACCGUUUUCGAGCGGUAAACUCCACAAAAGCGAGUUGUUUUUUAUGUGGGCGCUAAACGUUUCAAACGUUUUUUUAUUUUUUUUUAUGUCUUCCCCUGUGGGAUCUUUUUUUUUCAGUUGCCCGGCAACGCCUGUACCCACCAGCAGCAUUGUAGUGCAGGCGGACUUCAUUGUGGAUACAUGGGGGGGACAUCUUCCCCUGGGCAGGCUGUGUCUUAUCACACACACAUUGAGAUUCCACUCAGUACCUUACAAAUUCCCUUACCGUACAAGCACUGGCGAACCGCUCUACUGCGGACUCAUCUAAAUAAUGUGUUGUUGUUGUUGACGUGGACGUUGCCGUCGUCGUUUUUCGAUCGUUCUGAGUGUUUCGGGUUUGUUUUUCUUUUGUUUAUUUCUUUAACGUUGUUUACAUCUUAGGUUUCUCAAGGUAUUUCUCAGCACACUUUGGGUGAAUGGAAGCGUGCUGUUCGUCACGGAUCACAUCAAAUUCACAAUCUCAUGGAGCCUGCGUAUGUCUUUUGUACAGUAAACUAUUAUGCACAUGCUUUGGUUGCAACAGGCAGGGGGUGUUGGGACGGUUGAUACUUCGCCUCAAAAUUAUAAGCUUUUUUCUCCUUUUCUUUUUGAAGGGUGUUUGUAUUUUCCUAAAAAAAAACAAACAAAAAAGAUUGUGUCGGGCACCUGCUUUAUGUACAUUGUUUUCUAUUUAACACCGAUGUUUGCUCCCCAAAUAUUAGUCCUCUCUGAGUGUGACCAUGCCCCUUUGUUACCUAUUGAUUGAAAGCACUUUAUGUUGUCGCAUCUCUAGACUUUACAUUCCACCCUCUUCACCCUUCCCUAUAACUUUAUUUAAUCCAUCCCUUUGACACUAACAUAAAAUAUCCCAGCCUUCAGCACUGAGAAACAUUUUAAUUAAACCCCUGCAUUAGCUGCAACAUAUGCCUUCUUUGUGGUCACAUUUCUCGCCCACACUCCCCCGCAUUUUUAUCACUUUUCAAGAAUUCUUCUAUUUUGAUUUAAAUUUCGAGAUCAACUUUUUGUGUCAUUUUAAUUUCCACUAGUCAGAUUCCUUCACCUGCAAGGAUUGCAAAUUAUUUCUCCUUUACAUUUUCGCUUUAAGCUUUCAAUAGGAAUCAAUUGAAAUCGAAAUUGGAUUGACUCCAAACCCGUAGCUGGGCCAUGUUCUGGUCUCCGCCCACAUAGUCCGGGAAGAACGGCACCAAAAAGCGGGUCUUCUAUAAAAGGCCGGAAAAGUGACAAAUACUCAUUUUUGUAUGCACUGCUUGUCCAAUUGGAAUCAGAACCAAACCUCCAUCGCAGGCCCACAUUGUUUUGGCCUCAAUGUGUGUGGGGUCCGCAAGGGGCCCCUCUCCCAAUCUUUUCCUAACAUUUUUAACCUGUUGGGUGCUGCUGGUAUUUACUUUUUUGUGUCUCAUCUCAUUGUUUUUAUUUAUUAAAUCCCCCACAUUCGCCCAUCUUGGCUCAGGGGAGGUGACGUGACAUCAAUUACAAAAAAAAAGCCGGUUCAGCGUGACAUCAAUUAAUAUUGGCCCUCCGGUGGCUUGCAAGAGAAAGGUCAAGGUAAAUUUAGAACAGCACCAUAUAUCCUUGGAGCCACAAGCAAAUUUAGAGCAGUGUAUGAAAAGGAUCCUGACCCCUGGUUUCUUAAACCGUGUAGGCCUAUUGGUCUGCGAUGCUCGUGCUGAAUUGCCCGCCCGGCCCCGCCCCCGCCCAUUCCCCUCUACGCCCCUGUAAGCGUUCUAUGGGCGCCUGAGCUUUGUGGCGUACAGACUCCGGCGGCGCGGCGAACGCCCCUGUUAUCUCUUAUUCUCUUUUCACGCCGGUACAACUCGCGCUGGUUACUUGAACACGGUAUUAUUUUCUAUAAGCACCAUACAUAAUUCAAAGGCCUUGGCAUCAAAUAUUGAGCAGAGAGAGAUGGAGCCGAGAGGUCAGAGAGCUAUUCCCGCAGUUGUGUAAAAGGGGGCCACCCUUUCUCACUGGUGGUUUUUUUAUUCAUUUUUUUUUAUUCAAUAUCUUCCAUUCGGCUCGGAUAAAAAAUGCUUUGAAAUUCACAAAGCAGGUCCCCCUGGAGUUCAAAGGGCUUGUAUUUAGUAUAUCUUAAAUAUGUUGUCAAAAAAAAUAGAAAAGAUAAGUAUCAAGGCCUCGGCCCCUACGCACUGUAAACCAUUCAUCUUUUAUGCUUGAAUAUUUCAUGAUUUAUUUCGUUUCACUGAGUCUACCGAGAGAACACACCGCAGUUGUAAUACAUCGGUUAGAAUUCCCCAAGUCAACAGAAGUAAACGAUGGAUAUUUGCGAUCACUCCGUAGGUUUUUUUUUUUGGAGACUUGUGCAUCUAGGCCCAGGCGUACACCAGAGAGUUUUAAAGUCAGCCUUUAAUACAAAUACUCAAAUACUUAAAGAAAUACAUUUUCAUGAGACUCCCCUUUGUAAUAUGGUUUGUGAUGUUGAACCUGUUUUUAUAACAUUAUCAAUCGGGCGGUUUCACUUAAUGGAAGCAAACACUCACACACACACACACACACGCUCCCUCGGAAAAUAAAGUUCUAAAACCAUCCGCAAUUGAAUCGUUGAAUAUACAGCGAUGGGUUUUCUUACUCCAAGAAUGGCUAGUAAAAUCGCUUCCUCUGAAAAAUCGUAUCCUACUUCGGGAGGCUUGCUGUUCUAAACAUCGACGUUAUUAAGGCGGACUAUUCACCAACGCUGCGCUGAGCGGGGCCGCGCUGCAUUCGGAUUGGCCGAGAAUAAUUUAGGUUUUUGGGUGAAAAGUUCCUUUAUUUCUUACAAACGAAAUCUAUAUGCUUUGCUCUUCUUUUUUUAAUGCUCAGCAAUGACCUUAUAGGACCGUUUUCCUAUAGCUCAUUCUUUGCAGCAGUAAUUUGUUAUUUUCCCUCAUGUCCAGCACCUGCUAUAGGUCUACUUUAAACAACGAAAAGCUCUAUUUGCAUAUAUGUAUACAUAGGUGUAGACAUGUGUAUCUAUAUGGAUCUUUGCACAAGUUUAAAAAACAUUCAAUGAACAGGACAGAAAAAAAGACUUCAUAUAUGCUUUAUAAUUAUUAUUUUCUCAUUAACCAUUUGCACUUAUUGAAGAGUAUUUUUUGUUCUGUUGUUGGCUCCAGAGGGCUCUGUUGAUGCCCAGUCAAGAUAAUGUACAAUAUGUAUUUUAUUCAUGCAUACAAAAAUAUAUGUCUAUGUAAUUUGA